CAUGUGCUCGGAGCUGCCAAGCGCGGGGAGCUCGCUGCGCCUGCGCGUCUCCUUCGUGGACGUUCAUGCGGCGCCUCCGCUGGUGCGGCUGUGGGGCCUGGCCGGGGAGCGGAGGGCCGAGUACGUGCGCCUGGCCGAGGAGCUGCAAGCCAAGGCCGGGCCCCGCCUGGGAGGAGACGGAGAGGGCCCUCUGCCCCCCUUGGCUCCGGGGGAGCUGUGCCUGGCGGAGCUGGGAGGGCGCUGGCACCGGGCCCGAGUGGUCAGCCUCCCCACAGAAGAGGAGGGCCCCUGGGGCCAGUUCCACGUCUUCCUGCUGGACCAGGGCCGGACGGUGGGGGCGGAGGGCCGGCGCCUGGCCAGGGGCCCCCGCGAGCUCUUCCUCCUGCCCUCCGAGGCCCUCGCCUGCAUCGUGGCCGACCUCCUCCCCUCGCCCUCCUGCCCAGCGCCUGCGCCCUCAGGGGCCUUCCUGCUGUGGGCCCCUGCGGCCCUGGAGUUCCUGAGCCAGCUGGAGGGGCAGGAGGUCUGUGGCGUGGCCAGGGAGGUGCUCAUCCCCCAGAGGCUGGUGGUGCUGGAGCUGCCCUGGCUGCUGGCGCAGAUGCUCCGCCUGGGGCUGGCCGCCCCCGCCUCCCCAGCCGCCUUCCACGCCCUCCUUCAGGCCUCCCUCGGCCUCGGACCCUGCGGAGCAGAGACAGAGACAGCCUUCUCCUCAAGCAGCCGCGCCUCGGGGCCCCAGCCAACUUCCAACAGAGCCCCCACAGAGCCAUCGCUGUCCUCUUUCCAUCCAGCUGCCACCUUUGGACCCCACGGAGCCCCCACAGGACCAGAGCCAGCCUUCUCCUCCAGCAGCUUCACAUCAGGGCCCCAGCCAACUUCUGCUUUGGGACACAACAGAGACCGGCCAGGACAAGAGCCACCCUUCUCUCAGCCGACUUCCACCUUCAGACCCAAUGGAGACCCCACAGGACCAGGGCCAUCCUCCUCCUCCCAACUCAUUCCCAUCUUUGGACCCAGCGGAGCCCCCACAGAGCCAUUGCACUACUCUUUCCAUCUGACUUCCACCACCAGACCCUCUCUGGAGUACUUCUUCCCGCGGCUAGAGCGGAAGGUGACGGAGCCCAUCCUGGUGACUCAAAUCUCGGACCCACACCGCAUGUACUGCCAGCUGCGCAGCCUCUCCAAGGAGAUUGAGGCCCUUUCAGAGGCCAUGGACCAGGCUUUCAGGGCCCCCGAGGGGAUCAGCCCACCCCAGGAGCCCUUGCCCAAGCCAGGCUCCCCCUGCGCCGCCCGUGGUAUCGACGGACGCUGGUACCGCGCUCUGCUGCUGGAGAGCUACUUGGGAGGUGCUCCGGAGAAGCAGCCGGGAGCAGUGGCCCAGGUCCUCUGCGUGGAUUAUGGAAAGAAGGAGUUUGUCACCAGGAAGAACCUGCGCCGUCUGCCGGCCGAAUGCUUCCGCAUGCCGGUGGUGACCUACCCUUGUUCGCUGCAAGGCAUCACAGACCGAGGGGCCGGCUGGUCGCGUUCCCAGAUCAGUCAGCUCAAAACGUUGCUCUUAGGAAAGGCCGUGCAAGCCCACAUUGAGGCAUACUGCCCUCUGGAACAUCUUUAUUAUAUCACUCUCUAUGGGGAAGAUCACCUCAACCUGAACUAUCUCUAUGGGGUGGAGGCGCAUUGCCUGGCCCAGAGCCUUCUGCACAGCACUCAAGAGUACUCCUCCGAACUCAUGACAGAGCUCAAGGGUGACCCAAGCAAGAAGGAGGACCCUGGCUCUUCGCUGGAAGCGCUGCCCACGCUGGCUGCUGUCCUGCUCCCGGCGGUGCACCUGAAGGCUGGGGAGUACCACAGUGUCCAGGUGACCUUUCUCCAGGACCCUACAGAGUUCUGGGUCCACCUCCAGGAGCAUCGCCAGCCUCUCUGUUAUCUGAAGCAGAACCUGAAUGACUUCUACUCUCAGACCAAGAAGCUGGAAGGGGUGCUGCUAGAGCCCAGGCCAGGCUCUCUGUGCUGCGUCAUGUUGAAGGAGAGCUCUUAUCACCGUGCCCUUGUCACCAAAGUGCAGGGGAAGGGCAUUGAGAUAUACUUGGUGGACAAGGGAAACACUGAAAUAGUUGACCUGUAUAAGGUAAAGGAGCUGCUUCCCCAGUUUAGAGAGCUUCCUGCCGCAGCCCUCAGGUGCAAGUUGGCUAAUCCUUCCCCAGGCCUGAGAUGGAGUCCAGAUGCUAUUGAUUACUUCAGGAAAGCUGUGGUAAACAAGGAACUGGUGAUCAAGGUCCUAGGCAUGCAAGGAGACAUCUAUGUAGUAGAACUUUUUGAUCGUGCCCUGACAGGAGAACAAAACUUAGGCAAAAUUAUGUCCCAGGGAAUAUAUGCUGAGCAUCAUGAGAAUGUACAAGGAAAGAAAGUCCAGAAAGUGACAGAUAGGCCGUUGAUGAAAGCUCCUCAAGGAGAAAGCAUUUUGCAUCAGUCUAGUGAAGGCGCUUGCGGUUUGUAUCACAGAACAGCAACUGCAGAAAAGGAUUGUAACAUUUUCCCAAAUCCUUCAUCCUGUGCUGUGCAAAAGUACUCUGAAAUAGCACCAGGAUUUUCUUGUGAAGAGCAGGUGGAAGUUGGAAGCACAGUAGAUGUGAUAGUAUCCUAUACAGAGAGCCCUAGUCUCUUUUGGUGUCAGUUAGCUAAAAGCUCCGAAGACCUAAAGGCACUUAUGGCUGAAAUUCAGGAUUAUUGUGUUGAAUCAGUACAGCCCCAUGACUGGCCAAAUCCUAUAUGUUUGGCAAAGUAUUCUGAAGACAAUAAAUGGUAUAGAGCUCUCAUCAUUAGUAAAGUAAACAGUACAAAAGAGGUGGAAGUUGCCUAUGUUGACUAUGGGAAUAAAGAACAUGUUUCAGUGGAAAAUGUUCGUGCAACAAAGGCAGAGUUUCUGAAACUGAAAGCGCAGGCUUUUAGAUGUAGCCUUUACAACCUGAUUCAGCCAAAGGGCCAGAAUCCUUUUAUUUGGGAGGAAAAAGCCACUGAAGCUUUUCAAGAAUUUGUGGAUUCAGCAAGCAAAAGGGAACUAAAAUGUACUAUAUUUGCCUUAGCGGCAUUAAACAGUACCGAUCUCUUUAAUAUUGUGGAUUUAAUUGCACCUUUUGAAAGUGUCUGCCAUUUUUUAACAAGAAAGGGUUUAGCCAGAUCAGUGCAGCCUCAGAAACCCCUGAUACCAUCGGUUCAACUUCUCUCAUACUAUUAUUCAACACAUGACCUCAAAAUAGGAAGUGAAGAGAAAGUUUAUAUUACUCACGUUAAAGACCCUUGCUUCUUUUAUUGCCAACUUGCUAGAAGUGCACAUGUUCUUGAACAGCUAACUAAAAGCAUUGGUAAACUCCGUAAAUCCUGGCACAGUUUGCGGACAUCACAGGCCCCUGGACGUUUAUACCUUGCAAGGUUUACUGAUGGCUGCUGGUAUAGGGCAGUAGUAACUUCAGCAAAAGCUAACAAAGAGGUCUUCUUCGUCGAUUUUGGGAAUACACAGUUGUUGAAGAAUGAAGACCUGAUUGUUAUACCCAAAGAUGCUUUUGAGUUAUUCCUGCUGCCAAUGCAAGCCAUAAGAUGUUGUUUGUCUGACAUUGAUGUAGAUGUAUCAAAAGAUGCUGCCGAGUGGUUUAAAAAAGCAGUUCUAGAUAAACCUUUAAAAGCUGUGGUUGUAGCAAAAGAACCUGAUGGGAAACUAAUAGUUGAACUGUAUGAUGGUCAAAUGAAGAUCAAUGCAAAAUUGAAAGAGGUGGCAGGCUUGCAAGGCAGUCAAAGGAUUUCCCAAUAUACAAAAAAUGAAGCUUCAUUGUCUAAGUAUUCACCCAGUAGAGAAACACAAACUGAAAAAAGACCAUCUUUGAUGGACAUUGUUAAACCUAUUUCUGAGAGCAAGAGAGGGUGCACUGAAAAUAACAAAAUACUGGGUAGUAUUAAACACAGUUCUUGGAACAGAGAAGGAAGACAAGUGCAGAAAACAGAAAAGGGGGUGGCAAGAAGAUUUCCUAAACUGAUGGAAGCAAUUGACAAAAAGGAUCCUGUAGCAGGUAGGAAGGGCAGCAACUGUGUGCCCCAUCUAGAAAGAGAGAAGAAAGCUGGUGUUGAAAACAGAAAUGAAAUUAAAACUAAGGUAUGCUUUUCAUGUAAAAAUAUAUGUGAUCUACCUCAAAAACACAUAAACCCUGGUCUUAAAACUUCAGUGUAUAUUUCACAUAUUAACAACCCUUCUGACUUUUAUGUUCAGCUAGUAGAAGAUGAGUCUGUGCUUAACAGCAUUUCAGAAAAACUAAAUUCUGAACGAACGGAGAGCCUUCAUGGGGAGCAGCUUCAUGUAGGAAACUUACUGUGUGCAGUUUUUCCAGAAGAUGGCUUGUGGUAUCGAGCUGCGGUCAUUGAAGAGCCUUCUGGUGAAUUGGUGAAUGUGCGGUACAUUGAUUAUGGGAAUACUGCGUUAAUUGGUAUCUGCAAAACAGGCAGGCUUCUUGAAGAAUGGUCAUCCUUCCCGGUCAUGAGCAUUCAUUGCUCGCUGGACAGAGUUAAGACUACACACCAAGUCGAAUGGACCCAGGAAGCAGUACUGAAUUUCUCUGAAAGAACAAGUGAAAUUCAAAUGAACUGUGAAUUUGUGGAGAAAAGUGAAGGCAAAUGGGAAAUUCUUCUCUGUGACAAAAAGGGUAAUGUAACAGUAGAUUUGAUUAACGAUUACCCUGAAUGCCAAAAGCCUCUUAUGGGGGCCCAAAAAGAGAACAAGGCCGAUUUGAUAAACCUGUGUGAAGCUGUUGAUAACCAUAGCAAAUCUUCAAGUGCCAGGUCUUUUCACUGGAAGAUACCUGAAAUAGGUCAAACUCUGAGAACAUUUUCAGUAGUUGCAAAGAGCCCCGAAUAUUUUUGGUGUCAGUUUACUGAGACAGAAAAUAUUGAUUCAAUUGAAAGAAUGCUUCAGGAGGCUGAAACACAUGAAAGAAUAACCGUGGAUGAGAUAACAAGAGGUUUCCCGUGUCUAGCAAAGUAUAGUGAAGAUGAUACAUUUUGCCGAGCAAUUGUUAGCAAUGUAGAAGACAACAUAUUUACAGUAAUUCAUAUUGAUUAUGGAACUGAGGAAUGUAUCAAUAAAGAAAUGAUCAGGGAGAUUCCUGAUGAGCUGUUAGCAAUGCCACCUCAAGCAUUUCUGUGUUGUCUCUUUGGUUGUAGUGCAAAGGAAAGUUCCUGGACUGAAGGAAUAAGUAAGAUCUUCUUUGAAAUGAUAGCUGACUUUCCAUUAGAAGUUACAGUCAUAGACAAAAAAACUCAGAGCCCUCUUGAAAUUCCUAUGUUUAUUGUUACAUUAGAAUGUCGAAAGCUAAGCAUUAAUGAGCAAAUGAAAUCAUUUUGGAAGUGCAACUCUGAAGACAGUGACUCCACUUUAGCAAAUAUUCACAGCUCCGAAGAACAGACCGAAGAUGCAGGAGAGAGUUCAAAGGCUGUAGUAUCUGAAGCUGAAUCAUUUUGUUCAUUCACAUCUGCCCCAACUAGUACUGCUUUAGAAGAUUUGCUAAGUUAUUCGGAGCUAUUACAACCCGUAUGUCCUAGUUCAGUGGAGGAGAGCUCAACUUCACUCACUCACCAGAAAAGGCAGCACUGGAAAGCCAUUGAACAACAGCCUGCAUGUGAAGCUCUUGGUAAUGAAACAGACCAUUGUGCACCUGAAAAAGGCAAUGAGAUAUCGGCUUCUGCAGCUACUUUUAAAAUGCAGCUUCCUGCUAGUAAUGAAACUGAAGUCUUAGAACAAGAUCCCUUUGAUGCCCAGGAAGAGACUGAAAGCCAAGCAGAAAUACCAACAAAAAGUGCACUUGAAGUACACUUGCCUUCAGAUGACACAGAAGGCUUAUCAGACUCUGUACCUCCUGUACCAGAUGAUAGUCUUCAGAUACCAAAGCUGGACAUAUUAGAGGAGCCCUCAUUUGAAGAACCUUUGGAACUGGAGGCGACUGAAAGCCCUUCCUUGUAUGGGGAACCACAACAGAGAUCAACAUUGGAUUUGGUUGAACUUCCAAAUGUGGAAGAAGGACAAAUGUGGAAGAAGGAUAAAGUGGAUAGUCCAUGGUGUCCUUUACAGGCUAACAAAUGGACGGAGGACAUUUCCCUGUUGGGAAAUGAUCUGCCUGCUGUAGUGCAUCCUGCAAGUAAUGACAUUGAGUCGUCAUGUUUAGAAACUGAAUUAAAUCCACAAGACCUCUCUUGCAGCAAAGGCCUUGUCAACGUAGAUGAAACAUUACAAGAUACUGUGAAAACUUGUUGUGCAGAAUGGCAAAUUCCUCUGGAAAAGAGCUGCAGAGAAACACAGAUGAAUCUUAAUAUGUGUGAAAACAUGAAAGAGAACAAUGUCAUUGAACAAGAUUCUUUGAGUGAUAUAUUGUUGGAUGGAUGGGAAGUUGAAACUUCAAGCACCAGUGCAGUAGGUUUAAAGAAAAUAGAGGCAUCGCAACAGCAAGAAAAUGAAGACAUUUAUAAUACAGCACUUGAAAUGAUAGAUCACUAUUUCUCUGGGGAUGAUAUAGUUGAAGAUCCCAGCCUCAUUCCUGAAGCAACACAAGGAGGUACUUACAAUUUUGAUCCAACAGCCAACCUUCAAACAAAAGAAUUUAAUUUUUAAGCUCCAUACCACACAGCUUGUCUGUACCACACCAGUAAAAUAUACCACCAGAUAUCUCCUGUUGGAAAAACUGGCUCCAAGCAUAUGCCUCUUUGUCUGAUGCCUCUAAAGCAAGUCAUACAUCAGUCACUUUGAAUUUGCCAAAAGUAACUAUCACAUGGACUGUAAAUGCAUAUGCAUGAUCUCAUAAACUGUUAAAAAAAUUAACAGUCCCUGCUACCUUUCCUUUCUCUCCCCCCCCCCUUUUUCCCCCCCCAUGCCCCAUGCUGAUGACUGCGUUUUGUAGUUUUAAGAGUAUCCCUUUCUGGUGGAACGUUGGCUUUCCACAGAAGAAUAGCUUUCUUUGGAAAAUGGUGCACUGUGGAUCAAGACUCUUUAGUAUGAUGCUUACAUUUUGGAAAACUUCUGAGAGGCCGUGUUUAUUUUUUAUUUUAAUUUUUGAGCCUCUACCGUUGUCCUCAACAAACGUAUUUUCAUAUAUUUAAUGUGGAAGAAUAAAUAACGAAAAUGCAACUCAAAUUAUUUUCAUUGGUGAAACUGAAAUUAACCAAACAAACGUCUUUAAAAGAACUUGUUAAUUGAUCAGUUUAAAAACAGACUACAUAUAUCAGUAAUUGUGUUCAUUACUGCCUUAGAAGCUUGGGUCUGAAGGAUGAACUUUAUAUUCAGACUAGUAAAACAUGACCCUUAUACCUAAUUUUUGAGAACAACAAGCUGCACUUGACCACUCUUCAGCCUGUGUGUUCCUGCCAUUUUUGAAAUGAUGAAAUGCUGUGCAUGGUAUUUUACCUGAGCUACAACCUGUUAUGGACUUGAAAAUGUUGUUAUAAGUUGAAAGCAAGAGUCCUGCAUUAAAGAAACAACACUAUCCUAAGUGAGCAUUGGUCAAUAAGAAUCUUGCUUUCAUCUUUCAGUAGUCAGUAUAUUUUUGGUUUAAAUUUAUAACUGAAUAAUGUUGAUUUAUAUUGGUUUAAACUGUGGAGCUUUCUUGUUUACUGUAAUUUAGUCUUAAACUAUUUUUUUACCAGUGCUUAUGAUGAUGUGGUUGACAAAUUAGCAACUAUUUUAGAAGCAUCAUAAAAGCUUCAUUCUUGGAGUAAUGGAAAAAUAAUAGAAAAAAAUAGUCUAUAAGCCUAUUCAUAUAGUGAAAAUACUUACUAGCUGUGUGAGUUUUGUGAAGGCUGCUGCUGUUCAGCAUACACAUAAUGUGCAGCUCACAAUUAAUAAAUUUACAUAAGCUGGUAACAUGAGAGUAGUGGGGAAGCUGUCCAGCCUGGCUUUUCAGAUGAUUUGCAAUUGCUGUGGGUAACCAUGAAAUUUGAACUAUGUAAACUGUCAAACUGAUACUGUUACUGUUGUUCACUGGAUGUAGUUCCCAAUGCCUUGAUGUGAAGGGAUACAAAAACGUAAAACUAAUGUAGUUAUUGGGUGUGGAUUGUAUUUACUGUGAUGAAGAUAAGGAUUGAUGCCAUCAAAGCUUUGUUGAUCAGCUGUUUUUCCACUAAUGAGCAAGACAUUGCAGGUGUUCAUUCAUUAAAUAUAUCUGCCAAGGUGGAGCCACUUUAAAGAGUGAGUUGCCUUGUAUCUUGAAGUAUACAAGUAUAUGUUUUAAAACGCAAGAUUUUUACUUGCUACAUAAUCUGUUUUAAUACAGUGGUUUGGCCUCUAUUUAUAGGUUUUGUAAAAUUUAAAAUCAAUUUCUCUUUAAGGUGGCUCAGACUUUUCAACUCUUGUGCACAUAAAAUUGAGUUGAAAUUCAUUGUGCCUUUUUUUCUUUACCCAGACGUUAAUUUGAUAACUAUAUCCUAUUAAUUAACACAUUAUAGUCUAAAAUGUUGAAAUUGUGGUGUUUUUGCUAAGAACUGAACAAAACAAAACCAAAAUUAAAUUUGGUCAGUUUUUUUUUAAAUUUCAAAGCAAAUACGCAUUUGAUGAUGUGAACAAAUUUCCCCCAUUUUUAGACAGUAUUCCCAUGUUCUGUGUUGUAUAUACAACAUAUGGUUAAUAAUUUUUCACUACUGUGAAGAUUGAUUAUUUUUCUUGCACUCAAGUAGAGAUAAAGAUAGGAAAAAUUGAUUUAAAGCAGUAACUUUGGUUUUUCUCAGUUUUGUCACCUUACUAGGUCAGGAUUGGGAUUCAGACAUUUUAUAGUUAAUAAAGGAAACCAAGGUUUGGAUCUAAAGAUCCUUCUGUUAAGAGGAGAAAAUACUUGUGGUUUGCUGAGGCAAUUCCUGAUUCCUGCCCCCGCCUCAUCUACAGUCUGCACAAAGUGGUGCCAGAGGGGCUGGAGACCCUCAAAAACAGUUUUUUGGGGGGGCACAGAGGGCUACAAAUAGGGGGAAUUGGCAAUAGUCUCUCAUGUCCCAUAUGUGGAUCUUUGUAUCUAAGCCCAAAAGAGAAACUGCUGCACUUUUAAGUUUUCAGGUGUUUUAAAAUUGCAUUGUGUUCAUUAUUUUUUUUAACUUUCAGUUAAUAGAUUAAAUUCUUCCUUCAAAAGAGGCAUCUAAAUGUGUUCCUAAUUUUGUAUAUGGGCUUAGGUUUUAUAAUCAAUAAAAAGCUGCUAUCAAAUA